AUGAGUGGUACGGCAAAUCGUAUACAAGCUGAAGGUGUUAUUAAAAAUAUAAUUCGAGAAAUCGUACAAGAAUGUGCAUCCCGCGGUGAAGGUGUAUCUGAGACACUAGUCGCAUUCAUUGUCAAAGCAGUUGUACUUGAACCCGAAAAUGAUUUUCAAGUAGAUCGUGUUCUAGCGUCCGAUGAUGUCCAACGUCUCAUUGAUCUAUGUGUUAAACGUUUACUUGAUGGUAAAUCAUCAUCACUUGAUACAAUCAAAAUGCAAGUGUAUUUCGAUAUGAAUUAUACAACACGAGAAGAAUUUCUCACUGAACAUCGACGAGUACUAGAAACUCGUCUUCAACCAAUUUUACGUGAAAUAACCGAUAAUCGAGCAUCAUCUAAAGAUGAACUUGAAUCUCUUUAUAGAAAAAUCGUUUCUAGCGUAUUACUUCGAUCGGGUCUUGGUUCACCAACGGAUAUCUCAGUUGUACGUGAAGCAACAGCUGCCUUACAAAGUGUAUUUCCACAAACAGAGUUAGGUAAUUUCUUAAGCUUAUCAAAACGUGACAAAGAUCGACAACUAGUCGAAUUAACACAAAUUGUUACUGGCAUUCGUUUGUUCAAUAAGGAAUGCGGAAAAGGUGGUGAAGGCAUUGAUAAUUUACCUGCUAUAUUAAAUGAAGCUAUACCAGCAACAUUAAAAGAAAUUCAGCAACAAAUCGAUGAUGCUGUUGAUUCAAGUGAAAAAUUUAUUGCUGUACUAGAUACAAUGGCAACCUUAUCACAAAAACAACUCAGCAAGGAUUCAAGUAAACAAAGAAUUCAAGAAUCAAUGAUAAAUUCUCGACAACUUGAACUUUAUCUUACCAUCCUUCUAACCGAUGUACGGCAAAGUGCACAUGAAGUCGAAGACUUACUAACACAAUUCAAAACUCGUCUAGAUCUACUCAAAACAACGAUACAAAAUAAAACAGCAGUACCUACGGCUCAAGUUUAUCCUCAAUUUAUGCAUUUAGCAACAAUAUGGUUUGGUUUUCAAGAUGAAAUGGUUUUACUUAGUGUAUUAUCAAAUAUUUUAUAUAGUCUUGAACCUUAUACACUCAAUGCUAAAGAAUUACUUGCUGAUGAAGCUGUAAGAAAAUGUCUUAUGAAAAUAUCGAUUGUAAGCGAUAAACAACGUUUACAAGCAAACAAUGGUGGUGUUGUUGUACAAGCAGAAGAACGAAAUGCUGAAGGAGUUUGGUAUUAUCAGGAUACAACAAAAAAUUUUGAUAAAUUACCAUUAAUGUAUAAAGGUUUUUGUGCCUAUAAUUUAGCCUUAAACGAUUUUAAACUCAUUCAUGGUGAUCCACGCAUUGGUAUUGUUCAAAUUAAUGAUCGCUAUUAUACUUUUAGUGAGCCAAGAGAUGCCGUUUUAUUUUGCCGAAAGCCAUCAGCUUUCAUUGAAUCCAUUGCAAAUAAUGCUAAAUUAAAUCCUGAACUCAUUCAGUUACUCGACUUACAUACACAAUUUACAAACGUUGCAUCGUACGGUGAUUUAGCGCAAGUUUCAUCGAAACCACAAAUGAAGGCUGAUUUCGGUACGCAAACUGAGACACAUUUUUAUGAGAAAAAUAUUGUGAAAAAUUAUGAAUGGAACGAAUGGGAAUUGCGACGAAAAGCUUUGAAAUUAGCUAAUCUACGAAGACGUUUAACUAAAUCUGUACAAACUAAUACAAGUAACUUCCGACGAGAAAACUUUACACAAGUCUACUUACCGAAAGAUCAACAUAUUCAAACGAAACGUGACAAUUAUUCGAAUGUACCACAACCAAAAAUUUAUUUAACUGGUAUUCGAGGACAUCAACGAAGUGGCGAUGGACAAUUUUUACCGGCAAAUGUUAGAAAAGUAGAUUUAACAGUUGAUAUUGAUGAAUAG